CGAGCUUCGGCGUUUGUUUUAUAGAGAAUUGGGAUUCAAUUCUGUUAAUCUUUAAUUUCUCUGCUCUCGCCAUUUUUUCGCUCACAGCUCGCUUUGGGAUUUUCCCCUUCAAUUUCAGGUUUUUGAUUUGAUCUACCUGUUGGUGCAAGAUGCCGGCCACGGCAGGUAGGGUUCGAAUGCCCGCAAACAAUCGGGUGCAUAGUAGUGCAGCCUUGCAAACCCACGGGAUUUGGCAGAGUGCGAUUGGUUAUGACCCGUAUGCACCUAACAAAGAUGACUCCAAGGGUUCUUCGGAUCCCAAGUCGUCCAAUGUUGAACCUGAGGCUGAGAAUGCGUAUGCCAGCUUUCAGGGCCUUCUGGCUCUUGCUCGCAUCACUGGGUCUAAUGCUGAUGAGGCUCGUGGUGCCUGCAAGAAGUGUGGUCGUGUUGGGCACCUUACGUUUCAGUGUAAGAACUUUUUGAGUCUUAAGGAGGAUAAUAAGGAGAAAGACCCAGAAGCCAUUCAGGCUGCGGUUAUGUCUGGAUUGGAUAAACUGAAGGGAAGCAAUGGAAAGAAGGUGGAUGAGAGCGAAGAGGAGAGUGAGGAGGAAGAGAGUGAGAGUUCGGAUUCAGAUGUGGAUUCUGAGAUGGAGAGGAUUAUUGCUGAAAGACUCGGGAAGAAGACUGCUACUAAGAGGAAGUCUUCAAGAAAGCAGAAAGAAGACUCUGAUUCCGAUGGCUCAGAUUCAGAUUCUGCUGUGAGGAAGAAAAGGGGGAGGUCAAAGAAAAGGAGUAGUAGGAAGAGGGGCUUCAGUGAUUCAGAGGAUGAGGAGGAAGCUAGAAGGAAGAGGAGAAAGGAGAAGAGGAGGAAGAGGGAUGAAUCCUCAGACGAGGAUGAUGAGCGUCGACGCCGUAAAAGGAAGAGCAGGAAGGAUAAGCGGAGGAGGAGAAGUCAUAGAAUAUCCCAUGAUGCUGAUUCUGAUGGAUCUGGUGAUUCUGGCAGACGUCAUAAGAGAAAGAGCCGGAGGGCUGCAUCGCCAUCUGAUUCUGAUGUCAGGAGCUCAGAUGAUUCAAGGGUUGGAAGGGAUGCCAAGCGCUCUGAGAAGAGGAGCAGGAAACGUCAUAAUGAAGAGGAUGAGUAUUGACUUCAUGUGAAAGGGUUAUGAAGAAAUGGAUGUGGCGAUUGGAUGUGAAGUUCUAUGUUUCACUGGGAGAAAUGAACUGAAUGGAAAUGUUGUUGUGUAAGACUGCAGAAGACAAUCCAUUCUCGCAUUUUAAAGUUUAAACUUUCUUGUUGGCUUGUUCCAACUGGAGGGCAGUUUGUCGUGCAAUGUGAUGUGUUUAAAAAUGCUUUGUUGGCCGGUUUUUGCACCUUCUCAUGUUGGAUUGUAUUUUCUUGAUCAUGGUAUUGUGAUUAUGAUUUAUUUUUGGUACAUCGCAAAGUUAGCAACUUGGCAAUAUAGAGGUUUAAACAUU